AAUAUUUAAAUGUGAUGAUGUAUGGAUAAAAUGUGAUUCCAGCAUUUAAAGUGCCCAUGUUGACAACAUCGGCAUCCGUUAUCCAUUUUGCCUACCGUAAGGUAGGCAGCUUAACGAGAACUGCCGUAGGCUAUGCUAGUUUACGCAGGAAAUCGUCUAUCGCAUCAUCUUCGUUGAAUUCAGCAGAAGGUGUUAUCAGAUGUGUUGAGGAGUUGGCGCUUGAGAAUUGCACAUGUUCUUUUACGGCUCAAGCUACUAGUGAUAUGUUUAGGAAUGCUUCGUACGACAUGACUCCACUUCAGUUACUCCGGGGUAUCAACGCAUACGCUCAAAUAGGUUUUUGUAAUAAAACCAUACUAGUAAGUAUAUCGGAUGCGAUGCACAAAUUUAGUAUGACAUCUCCAAGGUACAUUGCCCAACUUGUGACUCUUUUAAGGCGCCAUAAUAUUACGCACCCCUCCGUGGUUGACCCUGUUUUAUCAGCUGUGAAAGCUCAGUUGCAUAACUAUGUGGUUGAACUUCCGGAGCUGAUUGCAAACUCCGUUUAUUUGGGCAUGACAGAUCAGGAUCAAAUCGAGAUGUAUCGUACCCAGGCAUUAUUACACAUAACGGAGCUCGGAUCACGUUCCAUUAGAUGUGCGGAGGCCAUGUCUAGGUUGAGAAGUGAUAAGUGUUCUUUUAUAGAUCGCGUAUUGGAAGAAUACGUUCCAAGGCUAACUGAACUUAAAUGGAAACAGCUGCUCUACUUGGUUGCGGCGGCUGGUCGCUACAAAAAUAGCGAAGCAUCUUCCUUAACCAUUAACCACCUGGUAUCGCAUCUGGAUGUCAUUAGUUUAACUGCUGAAGAUAUCUCUAUGUUAUUGAGUGUGCAAAGGUCUUUAGGCGUGGUGGUGCCCAAGCUUGUAGAUGUCGUGAUAAACUCCAUGGAACUAUUACUAAAAGAUCCUGAGUACACCAAGGGGAUGCUGGCAUAUCAUAUAUAUAUGUUGUGUUUGCUUGGUUACUCUGAUAGUUUAACUCUACUGGAGAUGAUACAACGCAUUGUUCAUAGUGACUACGCCACAGCAUCGCAGUCACUGCACCUGAUUUACGCAAUAUCUUUGAUGAAUAAGGCCCAUGGAAAGAAAAUUGUUACUGAAGACCGUUUCAACUCCUUGUUGAACCAUUUGGAUUCCUGUUACAGGCAUCUCACUCUGAAGCAGCAGCGUGAACUACAUGAAGCUUUGGCAUCCUUUAAUACAGAUGAGGGGCUACCUGUAGGGCUCUCUACGUUCUUCUCCUCUAAGAUCGUUACCUCGUUGCCUACGAUGUGUAAGAGCGACUCCGAGCAUCAUCUUGGCUCGAUUGGGGGACUAAGCUAUCUAUAUUUACAUAAUGGCAACGGCGGUGACACUGCGUUGGUGUGUGUGAAUGACUCUGGGACUCUAACCACAUUGGACAAGGGAACCAGUGUUUCCCUCAGUCCAUCGAUGAGACAAUACGUAUAUACAUUGGAGCACCUUCUUUGUAAGCAUAAGAAUGCCCACCAAACCACGAAGGUAGAAUACAAUGUCCAUAACCAUCUACGAGAUCAGUUGGUAUUGUGACUUAUCGGAUUUAUUAACCUUCAAUCGCAUAUGGCAAUUCUACUUGUAUUAAUGGC